AUUUAAUUCAAACAUGCACUUCCAGAGACCUAAAAGAAAAGUCAAGCCGAGGAAAACAAAGUGAAUAAAAGGUGAACUAAACCAAAGAAUUAGGGAAGGUGAUAUAGUCACAUGGCUUAAAACAAGGAAUUGAAAGACCAAGGCUAAAGAGUAUACCAUGACCAUAGAGGAAUUUAAUGAAGAAAAGGAGUAUCUUGAGGAUGCCCUCGAGUAUGAAAAGGAGACAGUAGAGGUUAAUACCUCGUUUAAUAAGCAUAAUUUUCGCCAAAAAAUUCGUUUAAGAGGCUCAGUCGAUGUGCAACACCACGAGAGAUUAUUUUCACCUAUAAAUCGUUACAACAAAGAAUUUAUCGAGAGAGGUCGAAACAAGAGGAUGCAGAUACUUAGGAAUAUGAAAUCGAUUGAUGAAGACAUCCAUCUUUCUCCUUGCCCAAAAAUGCCUCAAAUCAACCCUCAGCCCUCCCAGCAAGCUCAAAGCACUAUCCUCGCUCUCCUCGAAGAACAAGAGGAUGAACAGAUCCGCUUGCCAUUCAAGACUCGUAAAUAGCUGCUACCUUCAGCUCUUCGGCUGCUACCCAGCCUUGGGCUUCACCAAGCGCAAGAAGAGAAUGAAGAUUUUCCAACAAAGCCUUCAGAAUAGACGCCUUGAACGGAAAAUCAAGAAGUUCAAGGACUUAGUCAAGAAGGAAAAGAAGGAAAAAUAUCAGCAGAAGGGAAAACUUGGGAAGACCAAGCAGGAGCCACUCGAGUCUCCAGUCCCUCCUACUAGCGCUGAUACGACUAGACACAGCCUCAGACGGUCCUUGAGAGCAUCGUUUACAGACUACGAGGAAAGCAAACAGAGGUCUAAGAGGAAGUACUAUGUACACUUUUUAAAUACUAGCUGAGACUCAAUUCCUAUCUAGUCACAGACCUGAUUAGCACAGAUUAACGGCUAUGUUAAAGUCUAUACUUUCAUAGUCGUUGCAAUUAUUUAUCCAUUUAACCAGAUUA